AUGAGUCAGAGCGUUCCCAACCCAGCGCCGAGCACCACGGUUGAUACAGAACCUUCACCGACUACGACCUCCGAUACCGAUUCAACUGAGACUUCCCAGACGUCUACAUCUACGUCCACCGAAUCCGAGCCGUCUUCUACAGCUGAAACCUCAACUUCAACUACAGAGUCACCUACCUCAACAAGCACCUCAGAAACUACAGAGCCUACAGUGACGUCUACAUCCUCCGAGACUUCUUCUGCCCCUACCAGUACUACUAGUAGUAGUACUACUACCACUACUACUGAUGACCCAACCACCACUACUACUGAAACCACAAGCACAACAACCGAGCCAACUUCAUCCGAUACUGUUGAGCCAACAGCCACCACAACAGAGAUCACCACUGGAACAACCACAACCACUAUCACCAUAACUGGCACACCGACCGGACCCACGACUACGGGCAGUGGAGACGCAUCUUCAACCAUCGAUUCCUCAUCUGCUGCUUCAGCAACGGAGACAGGCGGCAGCGACUCUGGACUCUCGGCAGGUGGCACUAUUGCUGUCGCGGUGGUUGUCCCUGUUGUCUCUGUCGCUAUUCUUGUCCUGGUAGGCCUGUGGCUCUGGAGAAGACACAAAGCAAAGAAGGUGGCGGAAGAGGAACGCAGAAAAGAAGUUGAGGAGUACGGGUUUAACCCAAACGGUGAUCCAACCCUACCCGCAGUAAUAGGUGGCUCUGCGGAUGAUAAUGCUGGUUACCGUGGGUGGGGGACAACUUCAGCCGGCCGCAAAGCUUCGACAAACAUUUCAAGCAGUGCUGGUGUUGGUCUAGCAAUGUCUGAAGCCAGCAGUCAACCAGGUUACCAUCACACUGCUACUCCCAGCGAUGGCACCAUCCAAUACGAAGGGCAUGGUCCGCUUGGCGAGACCGAACCCUACGGGAUUUUGGGCGCUGCUCCUGUCACUGCAGCUACGUCCAAUCAGCGCCAUACUGAUAUCAAUCGAGGCCCAUCUAAUGCCUCUUCUGCGUAUUCUGCGGGUAAUCACUCGGAUAUCUCAGAAGAAAGUAAUAUGUCCGCCAACCAUCCUGGCGGCCCAUACUAUGAUUAUGCCGAUGUACAACAGCAAUAUGGAGGGUAUAACGAUCCAUAUGGCGCCCAACCAGUGAUUCGGGAUGUUCAAGCUCGCCGGAACACACAGAUUCAAAAUCCAUCUGUAUUUCCCCGACAAGGAAACGCUGGGAUCGCGCAAAAUUUCUAG